AGGCGAUUAGGAUUCCUUAUAUGGUCCGCUGUACCAUGACAAUAUUUUAUUACACACAAACUCUAUUUUGACCUCUCUUUUUCCCUAAAUUUCUGAAGCCUGUAACAACAACCCAAAUCGCCUCAUGUGUUCCAUUCAUCUUCAUCUCUCUGAACAUGGUUUCUCUAUCUCAACCAUAAACACAAAUCUGUGCACAGAGGGAAAGAGAAAUGGCAUCGUAUACAGAAGACGAUUAUGAUUACUUGUAUAAGGUAGUUUUAAUCGGUGAUUCAGGUGUAGGUAAAUCUAACCUUUUGUCACGUUUCUCCAAGAAUGAAUUCAGCCUUGAUUCCAAGUCCACGAUUGGGGUCGAAUUCGCCACUCGUAGCAUCCAUGUUGAUGACAAAACUAUCAAGGGGCAAAUAUGGGACACUGCCGGACAAGAAAGAUACCGAGCCAUCACGAGUGCUUACUACAGAGGAACAGUGGGUGCACUGAUCGUAUACGACAUUACCAGAAAGGUAACAUUUGAUAACAUCGAGCGAUGGUUAAAGGAACUCCGAGAACACACAGACCAAAACAUUGUCAUCAUGCUCGUAGGAAACAAGGCCGAUCUCGGACACUUAAGGGCUGUGACAACAGAUGAGGCCAAGGCUUUUUCCGAAAGAGAGAACGUCUUCUUCAUGGAAACAUCAGCUCUCGAGUCACUGAACGUUGAGAAAGCUUUCACGGAAGUGCUUACCCAGAUUUAUCGUGUUAUGAGCCGGAAGGCCCUUGGCAUCGCUAACGAGCCAUCGGUUGUACUUAAAGGGCAGACAAUAAAUAUUGGAGAUAAAGAUGACGUGUCUGCUGUGAAGAAAGCCAAGUGUUGCUCUAGGUAAUAUAUAUAAAAACACAUCUACUCUCAAGAAAGCUAGGCGCUGCUAAGUCUGAAAGAACAUAUCUUUAUAUCUAUUGAUCGAUGAUUUCGAGUGAAGAAUACUACGUUUUUGGGCACCUUGCCACCUUGUACAAUGAAUAGUAGGAAACAUGUCGUUUGCGAUGCUAAAGAAGUGGCAAUAGAAUCUUAUUUAAGCACCUUUGACCGAUUUCUUUCACAUCGACAAUUUCCACGAAUUUGGAAUAGCAAAAGAAAGAGUCAACGACUGAAACUACCGCAGUGUGUUUCUUUUUUUGGACAGAAUUUGCAACGCGACUCCUUUUGCAAUGGACGUUGACCAGUUUCUCUUUUUUGGUUUUUAGAACCGAUUCAGGGCCUCUAUUUUUGUAUAGUUUUUUUAGUUAGUGCAUAUAUUAGGGAAUAGUUAUCUAAAUUAGUCUAGGGGCAUAUAGCAUUUUUACUUUCAUCUGUAUUUGAUAAUUUGAUUCUUCUUCAAUGUAUAUAGG